UUCAGCAUUAGUUACACAUUAGUUACAUUAAGGACGUUGAAAUAACAUGACAUAUUAAUGUGCUGAAUGUUUUUUAAUUCGCUUUUAAAAUGCGAGUUACCUUGUUGAAUUCUUUUGUGUUUAUUGUGUCUGUGAAAUAUUGCAGCGGGUUUGCGCUGCCAUUCGAAGGACUUUAUAAAUUGGAUAUAAUUCACUACAAUGAUUUUCAUGCACGAUUUGAAGAGACUUCUGUGGAAACACCGACAUGCCGGACCAACAACGCGUCAUGUCUUGGCGGAUUCCCUCGGUUAUAUCAGAAGAUAACAUCGCUGAAACAAGAGAAGCCUGAUGCGGUGGUGCUGAACGCCGGAGACAGCUACCAGGGAACGUAUUGGUACACGUUGCUCAAGUGGAAGAUCAUCCUGGAGUUUAUGAAUAUGUUGCCCAACGACGCACAUGCAAUUGGAAAUCACGAAUUCGACGAUGGGCCUGCCGGACUCGCGCCGUACCUCUCAGGCCUCAACGCGUCGGUGGUGGCUGCGAACAUGGACACCAGCAAAGAAACAAGUCUUAAAGGACUAUACCGCCCCCACAUUGUGAUUGAACGUAAGGGCCGGAAAAUUGGCAUCAUUGGGUUAAUAACCCCAGACACUAAGGUUUUAUCAUCAGCUGGUAAUGUGGAGUUCACCGACCCCGGUGAAGCAACACGGCGAGAAGCCAAAGCUUUGAAUGAUAAGGGCGUUGAUAUUAUAAUUCUGUUGUCACACUGUGGACUGGAUGUUGACAAAGUGUUAGCCCGGGACCACGGAGAGUUCAUAGACAUAAUAGUGGGGGGACAUACUCACUCUCUUCUGUGGAAUGGUCCGUCACCGAGUGGUGAGGCGGUAGCUGGACCAUACCCUGUCUUCGUAGAAACCACUGCCGAUAAGAAACAUAAGGUACUGAUAGUCCAAGCUUCAGCAUUUACCAAGUACAUGGGGAGUCUCUCAGUAUACUUCGAUUGUUUCGGUGACUACGUGAAGUGGGAAGGUGGUCCGAUAUUCUUGAACCGGUCCAUACCAGAAGAUGAAGAGGUGAAAGCAAAAUUGGAACCUUAUGCCAAAAUGGUGCACGAGGCCGAAUCAAAGGUUAUCGGUAGAAGUGAGAAUACGUUGCACUUCGAAGACUGCGUGUUUGGAGAAUGUGCUCUCGGGGACCUUCUGGUCGACAGCAUGAGUGAAUAUGCAAAAGAGAGCGAAAACAGUUCGUACGAUUAUCUUUCGUUUAUUCAGCGAGGGAAUAUUAAAGCUUCGAUACCGAGUGGAAAUAUUACAAAAGGGGUUUUAUUUGAGCUUCUUCCGUUUAACGAUCGUAUAGUGGUAUUUGAGCUGCAAGGAAAAUACAUUAGGGAAGCUCUUGAGCGAAGUGUAAUAAGUGCGUGGGGUAUGCAGCCGUUUAAGGGCCCUUAUGUACUACAAGUUUCAGGUCUUCAGGUAGAGUACGAUGUGAACCAACCAGAGGGUGAACGAGUGACUUCAGUUACAAUAGGAAAAAGCAAAGAGGCUUUAGACUUAGAGAAAUCUUACCACGUCAUUGCUCCAGCAUACUUGGCUGACGGUGGUGACGGUUUUAACAUGUUCAAGGAAGGAAAAAAGAAUGUCAAGAAUGUGGGACGGGACGAGCAAGCCCUGGAAGCGUUCAUACAAAAACAUUCGCCAAUAGAUUACAAUACGGACGGGCGAAUCAUAAUAAUUCAGUCGAGUUAGAUAAUUGUGUCAUAUGACAUUGUGAAGGCUAGUGUUAAUAAAGCUAAAUUAUA